UCGCUUCUUGGGUGAGAUUCACUCAAGCUAUGCAGUAGUUUCUCAAUUCCUUUGGUCUUCCAUCCGGUAUUUUGGAGCAUUUUGCUUCACCAGGCGCCAAGAUGCUCUCCAUUCGCUCUCUCAUCCUCCCACUCCUCCAGAUCACCCUCCUCGUUCAUCCGACGCUCGCCGAACAUACUUCAAAUUGGGCAGUCCUCGUCUCCACCUCACGAUUCUGGUUCAAUUACCGCCAUCUCGCCAAUGUCCUCUCCCUAUACCGCACAGUCAAGCGUCUGGGGAUACCCGACUCCCAGAUCAUCCUCAUGCUGCCCGAUGACAUGGCCUGCAACCCACGCAAUGUGUUUCCCGGAACAGUAUACAACAACGCAGACCGUGCGCUGGACCUGUAUGGUGACAACAUAGAGGUGGACUACCGUGGAUAUGAGGUUACUGUAGAGAACUUCAUUAGGCUCAUGACAGACCGCGUUGGAGAGGACAUGCCUCGAAGCAAGCGUCUGCUGACGGACGACCGAAGCAACAUUCUCGUAUACAUGACCGGCCACGGCGGCGACGAGUUUCUCAAGUUCCAAGACGCCGAGGAAAUCAGCGCCUUCGACCUCGCAGAUGCCUUUGAGCAGAUGUACGAGAAAAAGCGUUACCACGAGAUCCUAUUCAUGAUCGACACCUGCCAGGCCAACACCAUGUAUUCCAAAUUCUACUCGCCCAACAUCCUCGCAACCGGCUCCUCCGAAAUCGACCAGUCGUCCUACUCGCACCACGCCGACAACGACGUUGGCGUCGCCGUCAUCGACCGCUACACCUACUACAACCUCGAGUUCCUCGAGACGAAAGUGCAGGAGCCGUCGUCAAAGCUGACAAUGGGCGAGCUAUUCGACAGUUACGAUCCUGGCAAGAUUCACAGCGACCCAGGCAUCAGAUACGACCUGUUUCCUGGCGGCGAGUCAGCAGCACGGAGUAGAUUGAUCAUGGACUUCUUUGGCAAUGUGCAGAAUGUAGAGAUGGAGGGGAGGGGCAAUGAGACGGCCUGGAGGGAAGAUAUGGCCGCUAUUGAGAGGAUGGUACAGCAGGCGCAAAAGCGGCAUAAUACGUCGGAUGGGCUGUCGGUAGAAGAGGGGGUGUCCAAAGAACGAGUCCCCGUGGCGAAAUCUGAGUCGAAGAGGAGGCAGAGCGCAAUAAGGAUCAGCGACGAGAACGGCUGGACGAAGAAACUCGUAGGAGCGGCAACGCUACUUGGGUGUGUUGGUGCUUGGGCAGCUGGCUCGUGGCUACAGAAGUAAAACAUAGAAGAUACCCAGAAGCAAAGAUCAUUUCCUCACUUACGUCAUGCUACAGAAUGACAACUUCAAACGCUUUUGGUCUUGAAGAUCGAUGAGGGAUCGUGUGCUCUUUGUACUACAGUACAAGCACCGAAAACAACAACACCACUAAUAUCUGAUCAC